AGGGCCUGCGGGAGAGGCCGGUGCUGCAGGACCCUGAACUGGGCUUCGAGCCACCUGCUGUGUGACCUUCGGAGAACAUGGCAGGCGGCCCUCCCCCUCCGCCAGGGACAGCUCCGGGUCUGUGGGGGCACAGCUCCCGUGGAGCCGGGCGCAGACCCCACCUGCGAGGGUGGGCUAGGCUCCGUGGCCCUCCUUACACGGGAAGGCACCAGCGCCCCAUCUUGAGAGCGAAGCCCGUCUUAGAGGCCCGGACGGCCGAAUGAACUCCAGUUCAGGCACUGGUCUCCCAAUAGGCACAUGCCCGGGGGCGCCUGGAAGUUCCCAAAUGCGUCUUAGGUACCUGAACCUCCCCCAAGCAGCGCCUCCUCCUCUCCUGGCCCCUCAACCUCCAGCAGGAAGAGACGACACCAUGUCUGACCACCCAAUCCCACAUGCAGCGUCUUCUAGAACCCUUGUCCGUUGGACCUCAAUAGAGAAUCCAUCCAGAAAGGACCAGGAAGGACUUCCAGAAAGCCAGAAAUCACAAGCCCACGCACUCCUUCCUACCCUGGUGAUGCCCUUGGCUGCCAUCCGGCCACGUCCCCCUGCUGGAUGGCACUUUUAAGGCACCUGCCUAUUUGGUGUCUGCUGGGGGCCACCACAGAGACAACUCAAGCAUCGAGAAGCCGCAGCUGCCCUUCUGUGCUCUGGGCUCCCUGGAAACUGGCUGAAUGGGACUCUAGGGGACCUGGCGCCCCUCGCCCCAAGGCCUCUGGUCCCCUGCUCUGUUCCAGGGACGGCUGGCUCUUCCACAUAUUUUGGGGAAACUGAAGAAGAGGGAGCAACUGCCCCAGCACCUCACCCUGCCCCUUGCCCCCACGGGACUCGGCACAAAUCCAAGCCCUGAAAGUCCUCCCUGGAGCCUGAGGCAUCGGGCAGCCAGCCCUUCUGCAGGCCGGUGGCCCCAAACCUGCCCUGGUUUAUUCACCUGUUUCGGACUCCACCCACCAGCCUGGAAGCCCCUGGAGGGGAGCCCCACCCCCACCCCGAGGUCCCAGGGAAACACUCCUGGCCUACAUCCUGAUUGGACAUUGGAGGAGGAGGGCCCGCUCAAGGUCACACUGCCAACAGGGGCCUGCCAGGCUACCAGAGCUAAUGUCCAGCCCAAGGCGGUCACUUGCUCCACUAUUUUCCAUAAAUCAGCAUCCAGAGCAUGAGGGAAAGGGGGCUCAGCAGGGGGCCCAGCAGCAGGCAGGUCUGCGCUCAGGGUGGAGCCCAGGAGUUAUGCCCAGAGCUGGGCAGUCCCCCCACCCGGGCUGGCAUCUCUGUGACUUGCCAGGUCUCGACAAGGGGCUUGUCCUCUCAAGACUGUAUCCCCACCUGUGAAAUGGACAAGAUUGGUCUCUGCCGGUCUAGGAGGGUUAAUGAGCUAAUGCCUACGUAAGGUGCAGGUACAGGGCUGCCUGGCCCGGCCCGGGGAGGGUCCCGCCGGCAGCAGCCGGCUGCUGACCGGCGUCCAGCCUGGGGCCGGCUGAGGGCCCUACUGAGCGCUGCGUGUUCGAUGGGUUCGGCUCCUGGGAGUCGUGGCCACCUGCACGGACUCUGGAGGUGUUGGUAGCGCUGUCCAGGCUGCCGAGUGUGUAAAUGCUGUUCCACCCUGCCCGACGGGUUAUUAGGGAAUGCACGUGACGGGGGGUGUCUGAAUCCCCCCACCAGCCCACGUCCCUGCGCUCAGAGCAAAUGUCCACUUUACAUUACAGUGGCAGCUGGAGGGGCCGCUGGUGUCGGGGCUGUGCCUGCCCACCCCUCCAGGUCUGACGAUAGGGAGGGUGCUGGCCACUGUGCCGGACACAUGCGGACACGGCCCCCCGGGCCUCCUCAGGGGCCUUGAAGGGGAAGAAGCAGAGGGCCAGAGAGGUUAAGUGACUCGCCCAUGGUCACAUGGCCAGUACGGGACCGUUGCUCUGCCUGACUCCGAAGCCCCAAGGUUUGUGCCUUGGCCAGGCAGUGCUCCUACCUUGCCCCCUGCCCCAAUGCCCUUGCCAUGUGAAUGCUGCCGGGAUGGAAUGGCCAGAGGUAGAAGUGGGAAUCCGGGCCCCCAACACCCGGGGUGGGGGGACUGUGGGCUGUGGCACAUCCUCCGCCCCCACAGCAAAGGUCUGCUGCCUGCUCCCUCCCCCCGGCACUCCAGCUCCCCCAGUACCUUCCUACCUGAUGCCUCCUGCCCUCUCUUUUGUCACGCCCCAUAACCCAGGGGCCCAGCGCUCCUGGAGCCCGUCCUUCCGGGCCCCUAGCUCCUGCCCCGGCCUGGGGCACUGUCAUUUCCCGCCCGCCUGACUUCUGACAGUCCUCACGCCGCCUUCCCACCUCUGCUCACGGCACCUGCGUCCACCAACAAAUCUCAGGACUCUGGACCCCAAGACAGGAGUCUCCAAGGCUCUUUGAUGCCUUCAAGAUGUCACCAGCUCCUGGAGCUGGAGUCCCCAGCCUCCCACGCCUGGCCACCCCUCGCCCCCAGGCCCUCCCCAGCAAUCUGGUUCAUUCUGGACUCACUCAGUACCAGCUGUGACCAGCUUGGCCACUUCCCUGCCUGGGACCUCUGCCCUUCCCAGGGUCCCCCUCCUCCUCCCAAACCUGGGGUGGGCUCUUAUGAGGGCUCCUGCUGUACCCCACUUCCCACCAUCCUGGCACAGACCGCCUGGGUAGCGGUGGAGGCUGUGGGAGGCGUGGGGGCAGACCCAGGCCUUCCCUGCUGGCCCACGGGGCUCCCUUCAGCUGCACGCUGAUCUCGGGGGGCAGCCGGCCGAGCCCGUGGGGCACACUCUUCUCUUGGGGCUCGCUUUCCUGUCUGCUGCUCCCCCGGCCAGGCCCAGGCGCCCAGCACAGGGAUGGAGUUACGAUUCCUGGUUCAGUGGGCACAGUUGCAAGAAGCAGCUGGAGCCGGGUUGUUCUUGACGACCAGAGGCACCGUGGGAGAGUGUCUGCAGGUGGCCAUUCAGGCCCCAAGACGGGCCCACCGGACUGGGGAGGACCACGCUGGACGCGGCGCUCUCGACGGUCUGGGGCUGUGACCAGCAGCACUAAUGGAGGGAGGGGAGGCAGAGGGUGAUGAGGGGGACAGGGCAGGAAGAGGAAGAGGAGCAAGGGGAGGGGGCUGAGCAGCAGCAGGGGAGGGUCGGGAGGGGCCAGUCCUCACUGUGGUCUUAGGCUGGGGGCUACUCCCCUUCCUCUCCCUGGGCCCUGGUCCCCUACCCACCGGAGACAGGAGAAGUCAUGUGUGCGUGUGAGAGUGGCAGACCCCCUGCAAACACCUAGGGGUGAUGGUUUUUUUUUUUUUUAAAGAGGCUUCCCCCCUGCCCCGCGUAGCCCUGACUGGCCACAUUGGGCAGCACCUCCUCCCCCAUUUAGACUUGAGACUUGUGGCCUCGGAGAGCAAGACCCUUGCCCAAGUUCCCCCCAAGGCGAGGGACGAAUGUGGGGGUCUAAGGACAGCUCUGGGGUUCCCCUAGGCUCUCCCAGUCCCCAGCCGGGGAGCAGGUGGGCUGGCUCCUGGAUGCAAUGCCAUCUGUGGACACCAGGGGGCAGCAGGCACCCAGCUUUUCGCCUCAGGGCCUGCGGCUGGCCGCCUCGGGGCUCAGGGACUGUCCCCUCCGAGCCUUCAGCAGACCCCCAAACUAUGCCCGAGCCAUCGAGGGAGGCGGGAGACAGUCGUCCCUUCUGCUGAGGCCCUACUCUGUGUGGCCUGCAGGACACUAGGAUGGGCUGGCCAGGGCUGGGACACUUCUACCUGCUGACCUCUGUCUCCACUGACCAGUGCUCACCUUUGACACCCAGCUGGGGGGAGGGGGUGGGGGAGUGCGGUGAUGGAGGAAGGGGGAAGGCUCUCCUUCCCUGGCCCUGGCCGCCCCCAACUCGCUCUGGGGCCGGCUAAGGGCUGUCACGGGAGCAGCUCACACACUGUUGUGCCCGGCACACGGCAUGACCUGCUUGCUCCCCUGAGGCCCAGGGGGCCCCCCACGCCCCAGGGCCCCGCGGGCAUGUGGGCUCCUGUCUCUUGCCCUGCCCGGGGCGGGAUGAGGGUGCACACGUGGGCCUCUGCGUCUCCUCCCUGGCGUUCAGGCUCUUAUAGGAACACGGUGUGGGUGUGUUGGGAGCGGGGUGGGAGCUGGUCCCCUGCAAGCCCUGUGGACAGCAGAUGCUGACUCAUGGGGUCCCCACUAGCUCGAGGAGACGGGGGCACCAGCUGACCCACAUUCAUUUUUCCUGGUCUUUUUUUGGGGAGAGUGAGCCUCUGAGUCCUGGGGACCUGCCUCCUCUGUGUCCUGGGGGCGCAGGGGAGGUGGGAGGCCUGGGGGGGGCUCUGAGCUGGCCACAGGGUUGCAUGCCUGCCCCCUACCCUGGAAACCCUCCCCAGCCCUGGAGGGUCUGUCUGAAGCCUAGGAGAGCCCAUGGUCAAGGACCUCCUGGGACGGUCAGUGCUGGAACAGGAACGGUCCGGACCAGCGGGGAGGACAGGCAGAGUCUCAGCUUGAGAGUCUGAGGGGAAGGGGCCCCCGGCCCGUUGUGGGGACUGGGCUGCGGCGCCCUCACGUCCAGGGCUGUUCCCUGCUCCCUCCACGCCUCCCCCAGGGCCUGCCCAGCCCCUCCUGCUAAUUCCCGGGGAGUGAGGACCCCCAGCCCGGCCCAGACAGGAGCACAAGGCGGCCCCUGUAAUCCGAGCUUUGGAUUCCCGUCGUGCGGCAUGUGGACGCGUCACCGGAGGGAGGCCGGCACCUGCGGAGGACGUGCCUGGCAGCCGCCCCGAGAACAGCCCGUCCUGGGGGGGCUGGGGGCGGGGCGAGCCGAGCGCGGGAAGUCGGUGCGGGGAGGAAGGUUCUCGCCGCUCGGCGCUGGGCCGUGGGCCAAGUGCGCUAGGAAAGCGCCCCCUCCCGCCAGCCCCAGCUCAGAGCUGGGCCGCGGCCUGGAGCUGGAGGCCCGCUAGUUAAUCGGUAACUCUCCACUCUCCUCGGGGCCUCCAGGCCUCCUCUCCUGGAGGAGAAGGUGAGGCUCUGCGGGGCAGCCGUCUCCCCUUCCUGAGGGGUCUGGCCGGGCCUGUCCGGGCCCACUGUGCGGGGCUGCGGUGUGGGGGCCCAGGGCUGGCCCUGCCCGGGGCUGCGGGGGAGGGGUGGGGAGUGGACGGGGCCGCGGGCCUUUGCCCUGGUGGGGUACCCAGUGGACAGGCCAAGAUCUACACAGGAGAGGGCAGACUGGGCUGGGCAAGAGCUGGGUCCCCUCCCCGACGAGAGGUGCCUGCGGGGGCCGCCCUCCAGGGACAGGGCCCCAGGCCUGGCAGAUGGUCAGCUCUGGCUCCAGGUUUGGGGGACUGAGGUUAACCCUGAGACUCGCUUUCUUUCCUCUCAUGCUUUCGUGCUCAUCGGCCCCUCGUGGAAGUCCAGUGCGGGGGCUCAGGGCCGGGGCGAGCCUCGGGUCUGCUGUCCCCGAGCAUGGAGAGGUGGCUCAGCCUCUCUGAACCUCUGGCUCCCCACUUGCAAAACAGGCAUCAAGCGGCCCGUAGGGGUUCUUGGAAGGGUUAAGCGAGGCAAGUUGCAAGUUGCUGAGCCUGGUGCAGGGCUGGCUCAAGGUGGCUGGUGCUGUCGGCCUGGGGAAUGUCCCCCGGCGCCGCAGGGCAGUCCUGGAGGCCUGCAGACAGACGUCCCUUGCAGGGUCCCCGGGAGCAUGCCAGGGGCAGCCCCCAGGCCCCAGGCUGCCCUCCCGGGCUUCCAGAAACAGCUCCAAGCGGCUCCCCAGAAGGAGGGAGCCCUGGGACCCCCGGCAUGGAAGUCAGCCACCAGGCGGCAGCACGUGGCCGAGGACGGCGCUUUCUGCCCGCCCUGCUCUGCCACUCGCUUGGGCAAGAGCGUCUCCCCAUCGAGCCUCAGUUUCCUGGACUGCAAAAGGGUCCCACUCCCUCAGCACGGGUGGCACUGUCAGAGAAACAACCCAAGGCCCUGGGUUAUGUGGUUAGCUGCCUUAACCCCCGGGGGCUGAGCCAAGUUCUUCAAUCUUCCCAGAAUGGGCCCUGUCUCCCCAUCCAGAAAAUGACACCCCAAACAGGCCUGUGCCACGCAGGGGAGUCCGGUGGGCAGCGGUGGCGGCUGGAACUGACGAGCCCCCACGUGUUAGUGGGCAAUAAACAUUCGCUCCUCACUCCCAUCUUGGGCUGGUGGGCAUGUAGAGGGAGCUUGUGGCUCUGCUCCCUGUGGCCAUUCAGCGCUUCCGCCACCCAGGGGGGGUCUCUGUCCCUGGAGUCCCUCCCUGGACGGCCCCGCGGCCACCCCGUCUGGCUGGCAGAGUGGGGACGGGAGGGGCAGGAUGGCUUGGCUGGUUUGGAUGGGCCCCGGGCUGGAGGUGGUGGGUGCCCUUUGGCUCUCUUGUUCAUGGCCAGCAGUGGUCCCGUGGCUCCCCAGGUCCCGAGGGGCUGGGAAUGUGGUCUUUGUGCUGAUCGGUCAGCUGGACAGGGUGGAGGUAUGCUGGAGAAGCCGGCAGGGGGCCGGUGCUUCCCGCGCCCCCCCCCCAUCCGAUGCAGGCAGGAUUGGGUUGCUGGGGCAUCCCAGGGGCCUGUCCUUGCUGGUCCCCCCCGGGGGCCAGCACCCCCUCUCUGGUUCUGCUGUCUGCAGCAACACAGAGUACAAACAUUUUCCUUUUGUUUCCUUUUUCUGCUUCGGAUAUAUUUUUAAUUACAAAAGUAGGGCUUGGCUAUUGUACUCGGACAGAUGUUUGCACGCCUGGGGGGCCCCUUGGGGUGGAGGCCUGGGCCUUCUCUCUGACUCCCAGCCCCCAGCUCUAUCCCUGGCUGGGGGGAAGGGACCCAGCUCCACGGUUGGGACCAGCAAGUCAGUAAGCCAACGGGUACCAUGCUUCCCUGGAUUCAGGGUCACAUACUCAGAGAAGGUCCCCUCCCUGCCCUAACAAGUCCAGGAGGGGAGGUGUCCCUGUGGCCCUCAGAGAAAGAGAAGCAGAAAGCCCCGAGGGAAAGUAGGGAGAAAGCCAGGCAGUGGGAGGGGGUGAGUCAAACUCGCUCCCUCCCCUGCUGCGUGGCCCUGGUGGCUUCCCCGGCUCCCUCUGUCAGCUCCACCCCCUCCCUUCCCGGCAGGACAGGUGAGGCCCAGUGAGGGGGUGCAGGAGAGCCCCCCGGGCAGCCCUUGGCCCAGUGAAGGGCGGCAGCUGUUGCCACACUGUGUGACACGAGGUGCGGGGCUGCCACUCUCAGUCCUUGGAGGUAGGACUCCAUGUCACAGUCCGUUAGGCCUGUCCCUGGAGGGAGUGUUGGACCCACCCGUCUGAGCUCAGCUGGUCCCCACGGAGGCGUCAGGGUGGGCACCAAAGGUAGUGGGAAUGGCCCUCUAGCCCCAGCCCCCGCCAGGGACAGGGCUGGGGGAAGGUGGGGUCCCAUGGGGGGAUGGCGAGUUGCUGGAGCAGGCUUGGCUCCUGCUCCUUUCCGAAGCAACUCCUGGCCUUAGGGAGCCGAGGCCAGGCAGCGGUUCAUAGGACCAGGCUGUCCCUGCUGGGGAGGGGAGCUCAGGCUCCCCUGAGGCUCUGCAGCGGGGGCUGGGAGUGGGGUGGCAUCGUUCCUCGAGGAAGGGAGCGGCCUGGAGGCCGAAUCUGGGCUGGGGAUGGGCUGCUUCCCCAGCCUGCCCUCCUGGACAGCUGGACUGAGGGCAUCCGGACCUCUCGGGAAAUCCUGGGGGCCACCUGGUUCCACAUUUUGGGGUCACUGCAGCUGUGGCACUGGGGAAGCUGGCAAGACCUUGGCGCCAACACCACUGGGCUCCCCGGCCUCCUUUUAGCCCCAGGCCCGGUGACGUCAGCCUGGUGUGAGGGGCCACAGAGCUUGGGGGACCUUUCCCGGUUCCUCCUCACAUUCCUGACGAUACAAAAUUGUAACAUCUCCAUGCUUGUGGGAAAUGAGGAAUGCAGCGCACAGACGGGAAUAAAAACCCAUCGUGAACCACCGCCUCGGUCCUGCCGUCAAGACCCCCGCACGCUGCCCCGCCCUCCUCGCCCGCCCCUGCGCCAGUGCCCACUCCCGUUGGCCUCAUCCCCUCUCCGUGACCCUCAGCUGCCCCGGACCCAGGAUGCCUCCUCCAGGACACCUUUGCUCACUAUCACACUGUCCCACCCCUGGGGGGUCCUGGAACCCACCUGGCCCUGGCUGGGGUCUAGUCAGCCUUAUUUAUCUCGCUGGGCUCAUGGACUCACCUGGGACAGGGGCUCUGGGCUCUGCUGAACCCUCCAACAGGUGCCUGACCCUCCUGACCCCCCAGCCCAGGGCUGCUCUUAGCUUGGGGGGUGGUGCCGGUGGGGGGUGGUGGCUGGAGGCCUUUCCUAGGCUCCCUGCCCCACUACAGGCUGGGCCAAAGGGAAAGCUGCGGAAUAUAAUACUCGCCCAUGGCCUGGCCCCGCGGGGAUGAGAGCCGCCCUGGGAGGACCUGGGGCUGGGCCAGGCCGGGCCUGUGGGGGAGAAGGGGUGUGGGUCCUAGCAGGUCCUGCCCGGUCCCCUGACAGCUGGAGUAGGGCUCUCUGGCUUGCAUGUGCCAUCAUCCUCAGGGUGUGUUUUCUCCCAACAAACAGUAUUUACCGGGCAUGAUGAGGGGUAGCCCUCCCAGGCGGCGGGACAGGUAGAAGUCCGGCUGCCUGCGGCUCAGCCCCAGUUCCCACCUGCGGGUGGGCUGUGUGAUCGGGGUGUAUCUGCCCAGAGAACCAGUAUUCUCAGUCAAGGCCCUACGCUGAGCAGGGCCAGGGCCACUCCGUGGAGAGGCCUCUAGUGCCCUGUCCAGUAGCCAGCCCCCCCAGAAGAACAGCCUCCAGUCAGUGUGGACAAUCAGACCUCUGGCCUUGUGCGGCAGAAGCCCAGAGAGCCCCGCCGAAGCCUGAGAGGUGCCGGGCACCUGGUCCGCGGCGUGGUGGGUAGAGCCGGGAUGGGCUCCGUCUGUUGCCUAUCCACUGAGCGGGGCUGGGCAGGCCCCAAGAGCCCAGGACUCCAGGGGCCGAGGGCCGGCUCUCGAAGGUGUCUCGAGACUUCGCCCCAGCAGGGGCGGGGGGACAGCGGUUCGACGGCCUUAGGGCCAGCAGGUGUGUCAGGGCUCCAGGUGCGCGGAGCCCCGCCAGGGACGCCAGCCCCGGGCGCCGCAGGCCGCGCGGGGGCAGCCGAAGACCCUGUCUCGCUCCAGCCGAGGACGGGAUGCCCACGGCGGGUUCAAGCCCCGUGAGCUGGCGCUGGAGGCCCAAAGACGAGCGCGGGCGGCGGGGCCGGCGCCCCCGGGGGUCGAGUCGGAACCCGCCGGACGCCGGGCCCCGCCGCGCCGAGGAGGGCG